ACCGCCGCCCCCAGGUCCGUCAGCGCCAGGUUGACGCUCAGGAGCUCGGGAGGCUUCAUGCGAGAAGAACGACUGAAGGCCAUCACCAGAACCAGCAGGUUACCCGUGGUGGAGAACACGGCUGCGACGCACACAGCACAUCAGGCUCAGAAUUAUUAUGACUUCUGAAUCACGAUGAGAUAUAUGGAAUAUAAAUAUCAAGUAAUGGCCCUCAUAAUUGCUGUACAGGCCAGUUCUGUUGCUGUUCAUUAAAUGGUUCCGCAGGCCGGAUGUGAUUGCCUGAUGGGCCAGAUGUGGCCACCUCCAAUAAUACUUGGCUCUCCAAGUGCUACCAUAAAGACCAACCAAAAAAAUAAAAUAAAUAAAUAAAAUAAUAAAUAAUAAAAUACAUGUGCAAACCUUUAGUAAACCAUCAAACACGCAUGUGUGCGCACACACCAGACUGCUUCUAGUCUCAAAGUAAAUUUUGAUGUAAUGUUAUUAGUAUAUUCUAUAUAGAUGAUGUCACUAGAGCAGCUUCAAACUGUGUUCUACCAACGCCACCAGACCCCCGUCCUUUAUUCCCUUUUACACAACUGCUCUGGAGCCAAUCACCGCCCUCAUAUAUGAAUUUCACAGUUUUUUUUUAAAACUUUUUUAUACCGCCAUUAUUCUUUCAUUAAGCCCCCCUUGGCAAGAUUAUGGCAAUCAUACAUCCAUCCAUUUUCCGUACCGCUCAUCCUCACGACGGUGGCGGCCAUGCUGGCGGCUAUCGCAGCUGACUCUUGGCGAGAGGCGGGGUACGCCCUGAACUGGUUGCCAGCCAAUCGCAGGGCACAAAUAAAAAAACAACCAUUCGCACUCACGGGGAGAACAUGCGAACUCCACAUAGGCGAGGCCGGAUUUGAACCCAGGUGCUCGGAACUGGGAGGCAGAUGUGCUAACCAGUUGUCCACCGUGCCGCCCUACGGCAUUCAAGUAACAUUAAAAUAAAACGUCUUUAAAAAAAGAUUUGCUCAAGAAGAACACAGCUAGAACAACUAUUGCCCAGUCGCUCUAACACUCCAGAAGUUUGCAUAUAGAUUAGAUUUUUAUUACAAACAGGUCAACAGAAGACAGCACUCCAUACAGCCCUCGCUCACCUGGAUAAUGCUAACACCUAUGUGAGGAUGCUGUCUGUGGAUUUCAGCUCUGUAUUCAAUACACUUGUAACCCAUACACUGGUCACAGAGCUGAGUAACCUGGGCAUCAGCAGCUCAGUGUUCACCUCGAUACUGGACCUCCUCAGCAACAGACCCCAGAAUGUCAUGAUGGGAAACAACAACUCCUCCACACUUGCGUCUUUUCCUCUUUGGCACGACCUCCACAAUUUCCCAAAAAAAUUUGAAAUGUGGACUCGUCAGACCACAGAGCACUUUUCCACUUUUCAUCAGUCCAUUUUAGAAGAAGAUGGGGAAACCUCAGGGAUGUGUCCUCAGUCCCCUUAUCUACUCCCUUUUUACACGUGACUGCUCUCCCAUUCACCCCAACAACAUCAUCGUCAAAUUAGCUGACGACACCACGCUUGUGGGACUGGUCAGGGACAAUGACGAGUCAGCCUACAGGGAACAAGCUGGACGCGAAUACAGCCAAGACGAAGGAGUUGAUGAUGGACUUCCGGAAAUCCAAAAGCACUGAGCGCACUGCCCUCUUUAUCGAUGAGAUGAAGUGGAGCGGGUGGAAAGCUUCAAGUUCCUCUGAAUCCACAUCUUGGCAGACCUCACCUGGACCACAAACCUGUCAAAUCAAGUGGGUAAAGUACGUCAAAGACUGUAUUUCCUCAGGAAACUACACCAAGCCCAGCUCCCCCAACACCUGCCUAUAAACUUAUACAGAUCCAUCAGGGAAAGCCUCCUAACCUACUGCUACACAAGUUGGUUGGCACUGCAGUGGGUGGUGAAAGCGGCAGAGUGGGUGAUUGGAUGUACACUUACACUGGCAGAUAUGAGUGAUAUCAAUACCCCUCCCCGUUAAAUUUUUUUUUUUGUAAUUUGUGAACGGUCCCUCCCAGUUGGUUUUCUUGCCGUUCACCCACAUGGAAUGCACUAACGACCUUGACCCUCCUAGCUUAGCGUCGCCGUAGCCACGCAGCACAAAAGGGGCGUGUCGUAUAUACCUUUCAUAGCUAUGCGCUCAGUUAACUGGCUAAUGCUAUAUGCUUUUGCUAAAUGCGUGAUACCUACCUCCAUUUGUGGAUUUCAGGUUAGUAAAGUAGCCCAAAUGACAUACGUAAACUGUUAGAUGCUAAUAUACAGUUAAGGUGUGAGUUUGUGAACUUUCUAAUAAUGGAAAGUAGAUGUACAGUACAAACUAUUUAUUAGCAGGCUAAUCGUCAGUCAUUGGCCAUUUUGGUUUUGCCAAUUUUUGACAAUUUUGCACUUCGAUUUUUGGACAUGAUUACAUUAUUACUGUACUCAGCGUUGUACCUUCGUCACUAUGUGUUUAUUUAUUUUUAUUGUGUGUCUUAUUUUAAAGUGGGUCAUUUAAAUUAAUGAUAUUUUAUGGGUGGUUAAUAAAACGUAAACAGGCACUGUGGGUAGCUUAUGGGGUCCUCUGUAAAAAAAAAAAAAAAAAAAAAAAAAAUGGCGUUCAAAUCGUCACCUGGCUAUUGCUAAUAUGCAAACUGCUGCUUCACGACUUCAGUUUGUGGAAUUUAGGCGCAGUGUGAUUAUUAUUUUUUUCUUCUAUCAAAGCAAACCUGACAUGUACUUAUCUACCUCCACUGAGUCACCACGGCAUGGCAUUCAACACAAGCGUACCUCAGUGCACAGACAAAGAUUAAAACAGUGGCGUGCAUCCAAAGCGGCUUGACAUUGAAGAAACUUCAACUGGUAGUAGUGACAAAUGAACAGCUUGAAGCAAGCUUUCUGCCUCUUAUUUGGAGGAGGGUCUUGCCCGAAAAACAAAAGCAGAAGCCUGAGUUGGCAUGUGCCCGCCCCAAGAUCAGACCUGGGAUCGGUUGAGCUCGACCUCCGUGUUGGAGCUUUGGCAGGAUGGAGACAUCUUGUUAAAAUUGAAGAUCAUUUGAGCGAGAACUGGCUGUGUAAAUAGACUACCAAAUGUCAAACAGUUUUGGAACAGCCCUGUAUAUAAAUCGCCUCCUGGACCAAAUCCUCCCCCUUUGACUUCCUCUGCUGAGUCACCGGCAAGUUUGCGACUCUAACCGACCUUCUCGCCCUCAUGCCGCACAUUCCCGUCGUGGCAACUGUGCGCACCUGACGCGGCGGAUCUAACGGCCAACGCGAUCAAAGAGGACGGCGGCUGGCCGGAUUCACGAGCCAUUACAGGAAUUGGAACUGAGAGUUAUUCGAACUUUAGGACACAAUAGAGCAGCUUCGCCCCUCAGAAGCAGCUCCUCACAUGGGACACGCCCGUCUACAAACAAGCUUUUCGCCACCUCUGCUUUUCACGCAGUCGCCAGGCUGUCUUUGCACCCGGGCGCUCUGUACACAUCCUCCUCGGAUCUCAGAAGGCAGCUUUCAGAGGGGAGAAAGCAGAGCGCAGCCCCCGCUGGAGCCUCCUGACGCACGGGGGAGAUUGGCGCGCGAGAGCUCGGAGCCUGGAAGCGCAGUUGAACCACAGGAGGAGGAGAAGGAGGAGGAUAAAGGAGGGAGGAGAGAGGGAAACCACAACGCUGGUCCUGCCCACCGCCGUGGUGACGUCGCUGGGGCACGUGAGCGAGGCUCUCCAGUGACGGCGCGUGGAGGGCAGGAAAAGCAGUUUUUAAAGCCGCUGGUGCCGUUUUGGGGUUUUUGCACGAGGUGCUCCUCCAAAACAACCACAGAACCACAGACGUGCGGCUCGGGGCUUGGCGUGGCCGGAGCGUCAAUGGUUAAUGGUCGCGGGCCAGCAGCACCAGUCACAAGGACGGCGCUAAGCGAGACGUGUCAAAGUUCACGGAAACCGCCGAGGAGUGAGAGCUGGUCCCAGCAUGGCGUCAAACAGCCUCUUCAGCACCGUCACACCAUGCCAGCAGAACUUCUUCUGGGACCCGAGCGCCAGCCGGAGGUUCAGCCCGCCGUCCAGCAGCCUGCAGCCGCUCGCGGGCAAGAUGACGGAGGUGAGCUCCCCGGGUGGCGGCGGCGGCGGCGGCGGCGGAGGAGGCGGUGGAGGGGGCGGCCCCGGCGGGCAGGCGGACGCGGCUUCGGCGGCGGUUCCCCGUCUGCGCGCCCACGAGAACCGCAGCAUGGCCGAGAUCAUCGCCGACCACCCGGCGGAGCUGGUGCGCACCGACAGCCCCAACUUUUUGUGCUCCGUGCUGCCGUCGCACUGGCGCUGUAACAAGACUCUGCCGGUCGCCUUCAAGGUGGUGGCGCUAGGGGACAUAACCGACGGCACGGUGGUGACGGUGAUGGCGGGCAACGACGAAAACUACUCGGCCGAGCUGCGAAACGCUUCGGGCGUGAUGAAGAACCAGGUGGCGCGCUUCAACGACCUGCGCUUCGUAGGCCGCAGUGGCAGAGGCAAAAGCUUCACACUGACCAUCACCGUCUUCACCAACCCGCCGCAAGUGGCCACUUACCACCGAGCCAUCAAGGUGACAGUGGACGGACCACGAGAGCCCAGGAGGCAUCGCCAGAAGCUGGAGGACCCUCCCAAGUCGGGCCUCUUCUCGGACCGCCUGAGCGAGCUGGAGAGGAUGAGGGUCCGCGUGGCGGUGCCCAACCAGGCCCAGCGACCGGCGCUCAACGCGGUGCCCAAUUCGUUCACGCCGCAGGGACAGACGCAGAUCACCGCAGACCCGCGUCAGUCACAGUCGUCGCCGCCGUGGUCGUACGAGCAGACGUACCCGUCCUACUUGAGUCCCAUGGCGUCCCCCUCCGUACACUCCACCGCCCCGCUCUCCUCCAGCCGGGGCACGGGCUUGCCCUCCAUCAGUGACGUGCCCAGACGCUUGCCAGGUUCUUCGGACCUGAGCCCGUUCCCGGGCCAGUUUGAGCGUCAGUUCCCGGGCUUGUCCUCCCUGACGGAGAGUCGCUUCAGCGGGCCCCGCAUGCACUACCCGGCCACCUUCACCUACACGCCGCCCGUCACCUCCGCCAUGUCGCUGGGGAGCGCUCACUACCACACCUACCUUCCGCCGCCCUACCCGGGCUCCACGCAGAACCAGAGCGGACCCUUCCAGACCAGCAGCACGCCUUACCUGUACUACGGCGCCUCGUCCGGGUCCUACCAGAUCUCCAUGGUGUCCGGCGGCGGGGAGCGGUCGCCCUCGCGCGUGGCCCCGCCGCCCUGCACCAGCGCCUCCACGGGGACCUCGCUGGUCAACCCCAACCAGGCGGACGGCGGCGUAGACGCGGGAGACGGCAGCCACAGCAACUCCCCCACCGUCCUCAACACGGCCGGACGCAUGGAUGAGGCCGUGUGGAGGCCCUACUGAACGCCUGACUGAAAAGGGAUUUUUUUUUUUUUUUUUUUUUUUUUUUUUUGAAGCGGCUCGUCCUGACUUGUGCAAACUUGUCUUCCUGGAAUGUUCGGACCAAAACGCUCGGAGUAGCAAUAAGCAGCACAUUGUUCCUAACAGACUUUUUUUGUAUGUCUUUAAUAGCAACGUGGAUGAGGCACAAACUCCAAAGAACAAAAAAGAAUAUGAAUAAUUACACACCAAGUUAAAGUCGGAAUUUUACCUAAAUAAAUUUGGUUUUAGGGGAAAGUCAUCGAGAACUGUUUUCAUUUUUUAAAUAUGGCUUUUCUCGCAGUUGUUGUUUUUCUAAUCAUACCAGAAUUAAGUUGUAUAUUUUCAGGGGGGAAAAAAUCAUCUGCAACUUUUUUUCCUGAAAAAGGUACUUUUCCUGAAAAGAUCACUUUCUAGAAAAUGACACUUUCUCAAAUAUAUGCAACUUUUUCUCGAAUACACAAUUUUUUUUCUUAAAUUGUAAGAUGUUUUUUUCUGAAAACAGGACUUUAAAUUAAGCUAUUUGCAACUUUUUUCCUCAAAUAUGACUUUUUUUAAUAUACUGCGUUCUAAAAAUGUACUUUUUUUAAACUCUCAGCUAUGACUUUUUUCUUCUAUAGUUUUUUUAAUAUACAAGUUACACAUUUUGAGGGAAACGUAAUUUACAACUUUUUUUCUCAAAAUAAUGGCCUUUCUCGCAAAUGAAAAUGAAUGACUUUUUUGAAAAAAUGAAAUUUUCGAAAAUAUGAUUUUUGCUUAAUUGUAAAACUUUUUUCCAGAAAAUAUGAAUCUCAAAAAUAUGACAUUUUCUCAAAUAUAUGCAACUUAUUUCUUAAAUAUAUAAUUUCAAAAUACAACUUUUCUCAAAAAUAUACAAGUUUAUUAAAAUUACGGAAAAGUAUUCUCAAAUAUUACUUUUUUCUUAAAUUAUACCUUUUUUCAAGUAUUCAGCUUAUUAAAAUAUACAACUUAAAAUUAUGAAUUAAAAAAAAAAAAAGACUACAAAUGUUCAACUUUUUUUCUCUACGGUCUUAUUUCUCAAAAAUUUGAUUUUUUUUCCCCCCUCAAAUUUCUACAACUUGUUUCCAACUACUUAACGGUCUCAAAGCUAUAUUACUUUAUUUUAUUUUUCAAACCUUUCUUGAGAAAUUCUUUAUCUAAAGAAAUAUUAUUUUCUUUCCUCCAAUAUAUCUUUUUCUUUAACAUUUAUAACCUUUUCUCUCAAACUUUCCUCUAAUUUCCCACCAAAAAAUUCUCUAAAUACUUUAUCUGAAGAAUUUACUUAUCUUGGAUAUACAAUUUUCUUUUGAAAAUGAUUUUUUUUCUCAAAUACACUACUUUUUUCUCGACAAUCUACAGCUUUUUACCUCAUAAAAAAUGUAUAUUUUCUCAAAUAUAACUUCUUUUUUUUUUAAAGUGGCCUUUUUCCUCAAAUUAAAAAUUUUGUUCUCAAAUAUAUGACUUUGUUCUGGUAAGAGUCCGACUUUAAUGCGCGAGUGUAAUUGUUUAUUUUCUUUUACGUGUGUCUUACCUACUGGUUGGUCCUUUAAGGCUUUUUUUUUUUUUUUUUUUUUUUUUUUUUUUGCAUUAGGCAUGUUUUUUGUUUUUUCUAUACGACAAUACAGAGACGCACUGAGCAGCGAGACUUAUUUAAACGUGUAUAUUACAGGGCGUUCCGCUUCCUGUUUAACUUAUGAAGCCAUAACUUAUGUAUGUAUUAUUGUAUUUUUGAAACUUGACUCAUCCCAAUACUAUUGCUGCGUCUUUAUGACUACAUUUUUCAAAAGAACAACAAAAAAGCUGAUAAUUUAAGAAAGAAAAAAAAAAAAACUACAGUGGUACCCAAAGAUGCAAGUUUUACGUCUACAGCCAAGAGAUUCAGCCAAUCGGUGAAGUUGCGAUAGAAGAGCUCAGGACCCGGAAGAUUUGUUGUUAUUGUUUUAUAAGUGAUGACUUUGAGAAAGUUUGUCGGGGUGUUUGACACUCGCAUUGUUGUCUUCUUUAAUAAUCUUUUUUUUUUUUUCGUGUUGAUGCCAUCUUGAAUCAGUAAAAGCACUUAUUGAUGGUUACAAAAGUCAUGUGAUGUCAUACUGUUGCCUGAUUGGCUGUUAGUAGACAACAAUUGUCUUUCAUCCUACACACUUGAUAGUCCAGAGUCCUCACUCAGUUUUAGUAGGAUUUUGUACAAAAAUGUAAUACAGGGUAAUAAUUAGACAACACAAUUUUUAGGUCAGCUAUAUGAUAGAUGAUGAUUAUUUUUUUUUUUCCAUUUAUUUGGCACAUUUGAUAAUACAAACAUAGGUACAACAUUUUUGUAAAGUUUUGUACAAAACCAAAAGUGGUGCAAUUUAGUACAAAACACGCAUUUUUAGCGUCAUCAAGAUGAUGGCUGCUUCCUGUGUGACCUCACUUCCUGCACUGCAUUUGAUAUGCCAAAGGAAUCACUUGUCACAAAAUUUGAGUUUAAUUUUGUAAUUGGUAGCAAACGCGCAAUUUUUUAGGGUUAGUUUGGAGUCAACUAUUUUAAAGUUUUUGUUUAGUCAAGCAGGACCUCACUUGCACGUUUUCUAUUUCAAAUGGGCGUCUCUUCUCACAGGAAUUUAGUAGUAUUUUGUACAAAACUGAGCAUGGUAUAAUUGCAAAAAGAAAUACAUUGUUGGAAGACGUUCCUAACGCUUUUAGGGGUAUAGGGACACUUGAAUUUAGCACACAAAAAGAUUACAAUUGGGAGAUUUUGUGCAAAAACAAAAACAAAAUACAAACAAAAAAAAAAAUGUCUCAUUUUUCUAUUACUUUUUUUACUUUCUAUUUGAAAUAAAAAAUUUCUUACUCUGUGUUAAAUUUCCUUUUUAUUUUAUUUAAAUUAUUAAUUAAUUUUAUUAAAAAUAUAUAUUUUACUUAAUGUAAUUGUUUGUUUCUUUUUUCUACUUUUCCAAUUUAUUUUUUAUUUAAAGUUUUCUGUUGUACAGUAGUCCGCUUGAGCUUUUUUGUAUGAUUUCCUGACUAAAUUGUGAGAAAUGAGGAAACCGUUUCAUCCAAAGUUAACUUGCUUUUUUUUCUUCUUCUUACACAUUCAUCAAUCAUGAACAGUGUUUUUGCACUAUCAGCGCUACAACAAACUUUCUUGUCAUGUAAAAUUGACGCAGACGUCAAUGGUGGGCAGUCGGUUGUCAUAAAAUCUGUUAUUUAGUGGCUGCUAAUAUAAUAAAGUCAUUUUGGGAGGACUAUUAUUGAAGGUUUGCAUGCAGAGGGAAUCAGAUAUUCCACGCACGCACACACACACACACACACACAACAUUCCCGCUGCUUCAGCCUGAAAAGUCAAAGUAUUUGUGUUGUAACUGGAGAAAGCAAAUAAAAAGCUUUUAGAUGA